AUGGAGGUGCUGAUGAUUCCCGAGCGGCACGACAGCCAAGGCCACGUGCUGGGGGACUGUCGCUUUUAUGACAAUGUCUUCCGCAAGAGCGAGGUGAUCCUGGUGCAAGUAAACCCAGGUGAAGCCUUCACUAUUCGACGAGAGGAUGGUCAGUUUCAGUGUAUCACAGGUCCUGCUCAGGUUCCCAUGAUGUCUCCAAACGGUUCAGUGCCUCCAAUCUAUGUGCCUCCUGGAUACAUUUCACAGAUCAUCGAAGAGAACGGUGUGCGUCGCGUUUUGGUGUUGCCUCAGCAACCGGAGUUCCACCCAGGAGGCCACUCGCCUCUCCACCACCCGCCGCCGCCUCCCCACGCGCACCUGCCCGCCUUCAUCCCACACCCGGCCAUGAUGCCGCCGCCCCCUCACCUUUACACGGGCAUGGCGGGAGGCGUGGGCGACAUGAGCUCGCAGUACAUCUCCCAAUAUCACCCGGCUCACAUUUACUCAGAGCAGGUCUCUGCAGAUUCCCACCCCCAGCAUGGACGCCCGGCGUUCGUCCAUAGGGACGACCGAACGAGCAAAACUUACGAGCGCCUCCAGAAAAAACUCAAGGACCGGCAGGGUGGAGGAGCCGCGCCUGCCAAGGACAGCCCUCCCUUGUCACCUCAGAAGACAUGCGGAAGCCCCGACGCCCUCAAUGGCGUCGGAGGCAAAGCGCCCGAGGCGGAGCAGCAAGCGGGUCGGGGCAAAAACGGUGAAGCCGCAGAAUUGGACGCAGCAGGCCUAGCCCUACAAGCACUGCUGAGCACCAUGGCUAAACCUUCGGUGUCGGACAUCCGGGCCCGGGCGGUUAAAGCCAGCUGGAACGCGCCCACGCCGGAGGACGACGGCAUCCUCGUGGGGACCCUCAGCUACGAGGUGUCUGUCUCGUUUAGCGGCAAGGAUGGCAAGUACAAGAGCGUGUACUGCGGUGAGGAACUCAGUGCAACUUUAGAGAACCUUCGACCUGCAACAGACUAUCACGUCAGGGUCCAGGCUACGUGUAACUGUUUACAGGGAAGCCCUUCGGAGGCGGCGAGCUUCACCACGCUGAGCUGCGAGCCCGAGGUGCCCAACGCUCCCAAAAAGGCCAGCGGGAACAAGAACUCGCUCGUACUUCAGUGGAAGGCCCCGUGUGACAACGGCUCCAAGGUUCACAACUACAUUCUUCAAUGGGAUGAGGGAAAAGGCACCGGCGCAUUUGAGCAGUGCUACUACGGACCUCUGAAGCAGUACCGAGUGACCAAACUUUCGCCGGCCUCCAGAUAUUCCUUCCGCCUGGCGGCCAAAAACAACAUGGGCGUCAGUGAUUUCAGCGACUCGGUGGAGCUGUUCACCUCGUGCAGCGUGCCGUCGCCGCCCUUCCCUCCGGAGCUGGAGACGGCCGGCGUCAACUAUCUGUCUCUCAAGUGGCAGCGGCCCAGCGGAUCGCCGAAGGAGGACGACGUCUGCUACGUCCUGGAGAUGGACGAGGAAGGCUCGGGUUACGGCUUCCAGCCGAGCUACGACGGCGAAGAUCUCUCCUGCACCGUCAGGAACCUCCACAGGAGCACGAAGUACAAGUUUCGAGUGGCAGCGUACAACUCGGAGGGCAAGAGUAACCCCAGCCCGGUGGUGGAGUUCAUCACCAACCCGGACCGACCCAGUGGUCCCUCCAGGCCCGUCGUUAAGGGCAAAGUCCUGCCCAACAGCUUCAAGUUGGCAUGGGAUCCUCCGAGAGAAAACGGUGGUGCCAGUAUCACUAAGUACAUCGUGGAAAUGUCAGAGGGUUUAAGCGGUUUGUGGGAGUCGACGUACGCCGGUCCGGCCACGGAGCACCUCUGCGACGGUCUCAAGCCUGGAUACUCUUACCAAACCAGAGUGUACUGCAUGAGCGAGGGGGGGCAGAGCCCGCUGUCGGAGACCCUGCAGAUCCAGACUCCCGCGGUGCCCCCCGGUCCCUGCCAACCCCCGCGACUCGUGGGCAAACCCAAAGCCCGGGAAGUGCAACUGCGUUGGGGUGCACCUCAGGUGGACGGCGGCAGUCCGGUGUCUUGCUACAGCGUGGAGCUGAGCGCUCCGCAGUCCGAGGAGAGCCGGGAGGUCUACCAGGGACCCGACUUGGACUGUUGCGUGGCCGGCUUGUUGCCCGGCAGGACCUACGGCUUCCGGCUCAAGGCGGGGAACAAGGCCGGGUUUGGACCUCUCUCGGAGCGCUACGACGUCACCACGGGACCCGGAGCCCCCGAAGCGUGCAAGGCUCCUUCCGUCACGUGCAAAUCGCCCAGCUGCGUUGUCGUCGGCUGGGAGGCGCCGCUUUGCAACGGGGCCCCGGUGACGGACUUUCGGCUGGAGUGGGGGGCCGCUGAAGGAUGCAUGCAGGUGUGUUACAGCGGACCGGCGCUCGCCCACGAGAUAAAGGGCCUGCUGCCCGCCACCAACUACUUCUGCAGGGUUCAGGCUGUGAACGUGGCGGGCGUGGGUCCUUUCAGCGAGGCGAUCCUGUGCCAGACCCCCUGCUCGGUCCCGGCCGCCGUCAGCAACAUCUGGGCCAUGAAGGAAUCGGAGCUGGUCCGUUUCGGGGCUCCCGACGAUUAUGAUGAGGAAGAAGAGGAUGAAGAGGAGGAGGAGGAAGGCGCGCGGCAGCGGCGGCCGCCCCUGUACUCGCCGUCCACUUGCGCGGGGGUCUGCUGGGACCCGCCUUGCGACCACGGCUCAGAGAUCACGUCCUAUCUGAUCGACUUGGGCGAGAGGCAGCCCGUCCCGGCGGGCCCCGGCACCCGCCACGUGCUCCGCCACCUGCAGCCCGACACCGGCUACAGGAUCCGCAUACAGGCUCUCAACAGCUUGGGGGCGGGGCCUUUCAGUCACACCUUUAAGCUGAAGACCAAGCCCCUGCCCCCGCCGCCGCCCCGCCUGGAGUGCGCCGCCUUCAGCCACCACACCCUCAGGCUCAAGUGGGGCGACGGGCCGGCCAAAGCAGACGCCCUCCACUAUCGGCUGCAGAUGGAGGACAGGAGUGGCAGAUUUUCAUCCUUGUAUGAAGGAACCUGCCAGAGCCACAAAGUGCAGAGGCUGAAUGAGUCUACCUCGUACGCGUUCCGCAUUCAAGCCUUGAAUGAGGCGGGCUCGGGCCCCUUCUCUGCCGUUUACACCUUCACCACGCCGCGAUCCCCGCCGGCACCCCUCAAAGCCCCCAAAGUGGAGCGAACGGACGACAACUCCUGCGAGGUGAGCUGGGAGUCUCUUUCGCCCAUGAAGGGCGACCCCAUCGUCUACACGCUGCAAUUCAUGACGGGAAACUCCGACUUCAAGCAGGCGUACAAAGGUCCCGGCACGUGCUUCACCUUGGCGCACCUGCACCCCAACAGCGACUACCGCUUCCGCGUGUGCGCCGUCCGUCAGUGCCAGGACGCGCCCGAGCUGAGCGGGCCCUUCAGCCCCACCGUCACGCUAGCCGUCCAGCGCAGCGGCGGCGACGCCCCGCCGUCCAGAACCUCGGCCAACGCCGCCCCUUCUUCCUCCUCCUCCUCUCCGUCGGGCCGACCCGGCCGCGGCCUGACGGACGAGCAGUGCGCCUUCCUGCUGCUGAUGGCCUUCGCCGUCAUCGCCAUCCUCAUCGCGUUCGUCAUCCAGUACUUCGUCAUCAAAUGA